GACGAAGCAGAAGCAGCCCUGCAGACGAAGACUCCUCUGGAGACCUGGAGAACCAGCUAGAAGGACAUCGAGCUGGUGAAACCUCCCCAGGGAAAGGCCACCAUGACGGGCCAGCGUCUCGACCACCUCUCCGUCCUGGGGCUACUCUUACUGCUCCUGCACCUGGACGUGAGUCACGGCUCCGCUGCUCCCGCUGAGGACGAGGAUUACUACAUGCAGGAGUUACUCACCAGGGACCACUACUACCACGUAGCACCUGAGGAGGAGAUAGUACCACCUGUUCCCCCCUUCGAAGGGGCCCGAGGGACCGACAGGAACAAACGUCCCCCCAGCCUGGAGACGACCGACAAAAACAAGCGUCCCUCCAGUCAGAAGGAGGCGACCGGCAAGGCAGAGAACGUCAGACAAACAGACAAGACCAGGGUCCCUGAAACAAAGUCAGUGAAGAACGGAAACAAGAAGGAUGAGAAGAACAAAAAGGGAAAGUUGAAAACUCCCAACAGCAUCAACGAGGGAGACGGCCAAUACAAGUCAGCAGAAGAGGAAUGCCCUCCUCUGGGACUGGAGACCCUGAAGAUUGAUGACUUUCAGCUCCAUGCCUCCACGAUGAGACGUUACGGGCUGGGAGCACACAGAGGACGACUCAACAUACAGGCUGGCCUGUAUGAUGAUGACCUGUAUGAUGGAGGCUGGUGUGCUGGGAGGAACGACCCUCUGCAGUGGUUGGAGGUGGACGCCAGGAGGCUGACCAAGUUUACAGGGGUCAUCACACAGGGAAGGAGCUCUCUCUGGUCGAGUGACUGGGUGACGUCAUAUAAGGUCCUUGUGAGCAACGACAGUCACACAUGGGUCACUCUGAAGAACGGAUCACAAGACCUGAUCUUCCCUGGCAACACGGAGAAAGAGAUCCCUGUGUUGAACAUGUUACCUGUGGCUGCCGUGGCUCGUUACAUCAGAGUCAACCCUCGCUCCUGGUUCAACCGGGGCAGCAUCUGCAUGAGGGUCGAGAUCCUGGGAUGUCCCAUGCCAGACUCUCAGAACUAUUACCACAGACGGAAUGAGAUCACAACAACAGACAACCUGGACUUCAAACAUCACAGCUACAAAGAGAUGAGGCAUAUGAUGAAGGUGGUUAAUGAGAUGUGCCCCAACAUCACAAGGAUAUACAACAUCGGCAAGAGCCACAGCGGACAGAAACUCUACGCCAUCGAGAUCUCAGACAACCCCGGAGAGCACGAAGCAGGUGAACCAGAGUUCCGCUACACGGCCGGUUCCCACGGUAACGAGGUGCUGGGCCGAGAACUGCUCCUGCUGCUGAUGCAGUUCAUGUGUCAGGAGUACCUGUCGGGUAGCCCACGGAUACGUCACCUGGUGCACGAGACCAGGAUACACCUGCUCCCCUCCGUCAACCCCGACGGGUACGACAAAGCCCUUGAAGUGGGUUCAGAGCUGAGCGGCUGGUCCCUGGGUCGGUGGAGUCAGGACGGAGUAGACAUCCACCAUAACUUCCCUGACCUCAACUCCAUCCUGUGGGAGGCUGAAACAAAGAAAUGGAUCCCCAGGAAGAUGCUCAACCACCAUGUGCCCAUCCCCGAAUGGUACCAGUCCAAGAACUCCACGGUAGCAGCAGAGACGCGUGCGCUGGUCUCCUGGAUGGAGAAGAUCCCGUUUGUCCUGGGUGGUAACCUCCAGGGAGGGGAGUUGGUGGUGACCUUCCCCUACGACAGGAUCCGUUCCCAGGGUGUAUCCAGGGAGCAGACCCCCACCCCAGACGACCACGUGUUCCGCUGGCUCGCCUUCUCCUACGCGUCCACCCACCGCCUGAUGACCGACGCCAGGCGGCGCGUCUGCCACACCGAGGACUUUGCCAAGGAAGAUGGCACCAUCAACGGGGCGUCCUGGCACACCGCGGCAGGGAGUAUGAACGAUUUCAGCUACUUGCACACCAACUGCUUUGAGUUGUCGAUGUACGUGGGCUGUGACAAAUUCCCCCACCAGAGUGAGCUGGCGGAGGAGUGGGAAAACAACCGGGAGUCUCUGCUCGUCUUCAUGGAGCAGGUGCAUCGUGGGAUCAAAGGCAUUGUCUGGGACAUUCAGGGGCGGGGCAUAGCCAACGCCAUCAUCCAGGUGGAAGGGAUCGGCCAUGACAUCAGAACAGCGGUGGACGGGGACUACUGGAGGCUGUUGAACCCAGGAGAGUACAGCAUCACGGUGAGGGCUGAGGGUUACAGCGCCAGUAGUAAAGUGUGUGAGGUGGGCUAUGACAUUGGAGCGACCCGCUGUGACUUCACCGUCAGCCGCACCAACCUGUCACGCAUCAAAGAGAUCAUGGAGAGAUACAACAAGCAGCCCAUCAGACAGCCUCUCAGGACGCCCGUCAGGCAGCUGCAAGCACGCAGGCCCGGCCCCAGACACAGACGCGUGAGGACAUCGUAGGGACCACCAGGGAGGGUUAGAGAGAACGAGUAGCCCGGCCACAGACACAGACACGUGAGGACAUCGUAGGGACCACCAGGGAGGGUUAGAGAGAACGAGUAGCCCGGCCACAGACACAGACGCGUGAGGACAUCGUAGGGACCACCAGGGAGCGUUAGAGAGAACGAGUAGCCCGGUCCCACACCUGAAUGUGCUGUCUUGCCAAUCUGCCAAUGACCAUCGGGCUUUACAGCACAAACUGAUCUGGGACAAGGGGGUGAAGAGAGAGCAAUGAGAGACAGACUCUAACAUCUCUCUCUCUAGUUCUGAUCCAACUCUUCUCUGUUCUGAUCUCUGUCUCUCUGUCUCUCUGUCUCUCUGUCUCUCUGUCUCUCUCUCUGUCUCUCUCUCUGUCUCUCUGUCUCUCUGGCUUUACAGCACAAACUGAUCUGGGACAAGGGGGUGAAGAGAGACCAAUGAGAGACAGACUCUAACAUCUCUCUCUCUAGUUCUGAUCCAACUCUUCUCUGUUCUGAUCUCUCUCUCUCUGUCUCUCUGUCUCUCUGUCUCUCUCUCUGUCUCUCUGUCUCUCUGUCUCUGAAUUCACAGCACAAACUGAUCUGGGACAAGGGGGUGAAGAGAGAGCAAUGAGAGACAGACUCUAACAUCUCUCUCUCUAGUUCUGAUCCAACUCUUCUCUGUUCUGCUUUGAUCGAGACUCUCUGUUUGUGGAACUCUGUUUAGCCGCAUCCGUCCAGAGUGUUGGUGGAAGUGCAGAUUGGAGAUUGAUGUUAAUGAUGUUUUGAGUGAUAAUGGUGUUUUUAUGUAUCAAAACAAGACGCUGUUCUUUCAACCAUGAAUUAAGCUCUCUGGUGCGCUGGUCUUACUGUAUAAUAAGUGUCUUUUUUUUUUGGAACCAUCUUCUCUACCAAAGUCUCUACCAAAGUGUUAUUACAGUAUACAUGGUUAACCCUAAAUGUACAUUUUACUUUGUGCCAUUAUUUGGUAAUGAAAUUGUCAGUCUGUAUUUCCAAAUGAUGAAUUUUGACCAUGGAUAUUACCACGUGUGUCUCUACUAACUCAUGCAGUACAAACGCAGUAAUAACUAUCUUAGCGACACGUUUAUAAGCUUCAUCCUUGCAAGUAAUAUCCUUUGAAAUUGUUCUUUGGAAUAAAUAAAUAAAACGAUGCAUAUAUUUUGAAUGUAUAAAAAGCUCUAUAUAUAAUUUUGUUAUCAUCCUCAUGUUACUUUUCUGCGUUCAGAAAGGAUUUUAAGUCCAGGUUUUCAGCUCAUUUAUCCCCUGAUUUACAAACCACACGUCUCAAUGGCUGGUCCAGGUGUCCCCAUGACAUCACAAGUCCUCUUGUUGUUCUCUACUGCUCCUCUAUUGGUCCUCGUGCAAAGGGAGAAGGCCGAUGACAUCACGAAUUCCCCGUCAAAACCAACUACUCGAAAGCCCGACUCAUUAAAGGUUUGCAGUUGUGUCUAAUAAAAAACAUUAUUUUGCUCAAAACGUAUGUUUUUUUUUACCCCUUUAGUGUG